AUGGAUGUUGUUAUAUCCAGAAAUGAACUCUUUAAGUCCGAAUCAAAAUAUUGGUAUGAAAUGAUUGAUAGUUAUGUCCAUGCUUUCAAUUGGAAGAAGCUGAACUUAAGAAAUGUAAUGGACAUGAGGACACAGCCAAAGAAGGUAUGCUCCCAAAUUGGAAUGUGCAUGUUUGAUGGGACUCAUGGUGUUAGUAUGGGUAUCCAGAGUGUGGUGCCACAAACUGAUAGAAUAUCAUCGGGCGGUCAUCAAGAUGCUACAUGUUCUGUAUGUGAAAUGGCUAUCGUUUGGAUGCAAAGCCAGCUGAAGCAGAAUCAAACAGAAGAGCAGAUAAUAAACUACGCCGAUGCGCUUUGUGAUAAAAUACCUAACCCAAUGGAUGCUUUCUACACUCAUUAUAAUGGUUGA